UGAUUUCCUUGAUUUGUCAUCAUCAUCAUAAUCAUCAUCAUCAUAAACAUCAUUGUCCAUAAUAAUAUUUUGAUACGAAACAAAAGUGAUUGUUCCCCAUUUUUUUUUUUUUUGAAUGAAAUGAUGACCAUGAUGAAUAUCAUGAUAAAUACAACAGAUUCAUUAUGGUAUUCAUAUUGUGGUUCAAAAUCAAUUUGGGAUAAUCAAAUAUCAUGGACAACCGAACAACCAAGAUUAACAUUAUGUUUUCGUAAAACGAUUCUUGUUUGGUUACCGGCCAUAUAUCUAACGAUAUUGUUACCCAUAUUGAUACGUACAUUGAAAUUAAUGCCACAAUCAUCAUAUGGAAAACAAAUACAAUUCAAAUGGAAUAAUUACAAUAGUAUACGUAUGGCCCUUGCUAUUGCAUUAUUGAUGUUUUGUAUCAUUGAUUUAUUGUUGACAAUCAAUGAUUAUAAUCAUCCAACAUUGGCGAAUCAAAAAUUUACUGCCGAUAUUAUCAAUGCAGUUAUACGAUUAUUAUUUUCAAUCAUUUUAUUCACACUUUUUUGGUCGAUGGUAAAACGUAAUGUACAUACAUCGGCCAUUAUAUGGUCAUAUUUAGGUAUACAAUCAUUAUCACUUUUAUUGGAAUUCAUUUCCAUUAUUAUGGACCGUUAUCGUCAUCAACAACAAUCAUUUUGGCACCUUGAUUCCACUAUGGUGGACACGAUUAUAUUGUUGAUAAAUUAUCUACUAACAUUUUCAUUGUUUAUUCAAAGUUUUAUUUCGGAUCCUGAAGCCAAAAAAACGAUAGAAGAAACUACCAAGAUCGAUAUAGAACAAGAAAAACCAUUGGCUAAAAUGACAGCAUCAUUUUUUUCUCGAUUAACAUUUAGCUGGUAUUCACCGCUUACUUAUCUGGGUCUAAAACGUCCAAUCAUUUUGUCCGAUAUUUGGCGUAUACGACGAUGUGAUAGUUCAUUUUAUAAUUAUCAAUUAUUUCAGAAUAAAUUGGAAGAAUUUCGACAAAAGCAUGAUGAUGAUAUGAAGAAAUUACAUGGGAACAAUCCAAAUGUUUAUAAUAAUGAAACAAAAAGAUUCAAAGUAAAUAUUAUCAAAGUGAUUUGGUCAACACUUAAAUACUAUUUUAUACCUGGUUCAUUGGCAAAAGUUUUCAAUGAUAUUUUCGUCUUUGCUAAUCCAAUGGUGUUGAAGCAAUUGAUCAAUUUUAUGAAUGAUGAUCAACAACCACUUUGGCAUGGAUAUUUUUUUGCAUUAUUAUUGUUUCUGGUAACAUCGGGCCAGAUAUUUGCAUUAAAUUAUUAUUUUAAUCGUAUGAUGUUAUUUGGUCUUCGUGUUCGUACACAAUUAAUAGCGGCUAUUUAUCGAAAAUCACUGCAAUUAUCGAAUAGUUCUAGGUCUAAAUUCACCACCGGACAGAUUGUCAAUCUGAUGGCUGUGGAUGCACAACGUUCUAUCGACAUAAGUGCCUUCAUAAAUCUAUUGUGGUCGGCGCCAUUACAGAUCAUUGUUGCUUUGGUUUUAUUAUGGCGUGAAUUAGGAGUAUCCGUAUUGGGUGGUUUUUUCUUCAUGAUCAUAUUGAUACCGAUCAAUAUAUAUGUAACGAACAUAUCGAAAAGGUUGCAAAUUAAACAGAUGAAAUUAAAGGAUGAACGUGUUAAAGCAAUGAAUGAAAUAUUGAAUGGAAUGAAAAUUAUCAAAUUAUAUAGUUGGGAACGUGCAUUCAUUCAACGGAUAGAAACAAUACGUUCAAAAGAAUUACAAAAUUUAAAACGUAUAAAUUACAUUUCCGCCUUUAUACAGGCAUUAUUGAAUUUGGCACCAUUUCUUGUUUCAUUCAUUACAUUUGCCAUUUAUGUUUGCAUUGAUCAACAGAAUCGUUUGACAGCAUCAAAAGCAUUUGUUUCAUUAUCAUUAUUUAAUAUAUUACGUUUUCCAUUAGCAAUGUUACCAAAUCUUAUUUCUUUAAUCAUUAUGACUAGUGUUUCGGUGAAAAGAUUAAACAACUUUUUUAGCUCGACUAAAUUGUCAAUUUAUAUAGUACGAAAUGAACAAACAAACAACAAUGGCAAUGACUAUUGCAUGAUUCUUGAUAAUUGUUCAUUCAGUUGGUUCGAUCGAUAUGAACAAGCAAACAACAGUAACAAUGAUGAUGAUAAGGACAAUGACAAGAAUGUUGGUCAAAAUAAGAAAAAAAAUCAGCAGAAUAUAAAGAACAACAACAACAACAACAAAAAACAAAAACAUGAUUGUGAAAAAAAUGACCAACCAUAUCAACAACAACAACAACAACAACAACAGCAAUCUAAAUCAUUCUUGCGAGAAAUCCAAAUGAAAAUUAAACCAAAGUCCUUCGUAGCUAUUGUUGGUGCUGUUGGUUCGGGUAAAUCAUCACUAUUGCAAGCAAUAUUGGGAAACAUGGAAUUGACUAAUGGAACAAUCAAUAUUGUUAAAUCCAAACGAAUAGCCUAUACCUCGCAGGAACCAUGGAUUCAGAAUAAUACCGUACGUGAUAACAUUCUAUUUAAUCAACCAUUUAAUGAACAAAUGUAUUGGAAUGUGAUUGAAGCUUGUUCAUUAAAACAUGAUCUACAAGUAUUACCCGAUGGCGAUCAAACAGAAAUUGGUGAAAAAGGAAUCAACCUUAGUGGAGGACAAAAACAACGUGUUAGCCUAGCACGAGCUUGCUACAAUGAUGCUGAUAUUUACUUAUUAGAUGAUCCAUUAUCUGCUGUCGAUUCACAUGUUGGUAAACAUAUCUAUGAACAUGUCAUAUCAUCGACAACCGGAUUAUUACGGAAUAAAACCCGUAUAUUAGUUACAAAUAACUUAUGGUUAUUGCCAGAAACCGAUCAUAUUUAUGUACUUCGUGAUGGUCAUAUAAUCGAAUCCGGUUCCUAUCAAGAAUUAAUGAAAAAUGAUAAUUAUUUUUCCAAUCUUAUACAACAAUUCAGUAAUAAUAAUGCUAAUGGUGAUGAUGAUGCUGAUUAUGGUCAGACAAUAUCAGAUGUUGAUAAAAAACAAAAAAAAACAAGAUAUUAUUCAUUGAAUGAUCAAAACGUUAAUAUUGAUAAUGGUGACAGGAAAAAAUCUACCAUGACAACAAGUAAAUUGAUUGAAAAAGAAGUGGCACAAAUCGGACAGGUUAAACUCCUUGUAUAUGGCCGUUAUUUGAAAGCCAUUUCCAUUACAUGGGGAAUAAUUAUUCUAAUCAACUAUGGACUUGUGCAAUUAUCCAAUGCUGGAUCCGGUGUAUGGCUAUCAGUUUGGUCAGCUGAAUCUGAACAAAAUGAUGAUAUGGAACAUUCCGAUACAAUGUAUUAUCUGACUAUCUAUGGUGCAAUCGGUCUUUGUCAAGGUCUAUUCAGUGGACUUGGUUGGAUUGCCUUGACAAAGGGUAUAAUCAAAGCUGCAACUUCAUUACACAAUCAAAUGCUAUAUACAAUAUUCCGUUCGAUGAUGUCAUUUUUUGAUGUAACACCUUUAGGGCGAAUAUUAAAUCGAUUUAGUAAAGAUAUCGAUGUUUGUGAUACAUCUUUACAGAUGAAUUUUCGGAUAUUCAUAAGCUGCCUAUUCUCAACAUUGGCUACAUUGAUCAUUAUUUCUAUGAAGAUUCCAAUAUUUUUGAUAAUUAUUCUACCCAUUGUGAUAUGUUUCUAUUUGAUUCAGAGGCUAUACAUAUCGACUGCUCGUCAAUUGAAACGAAUCGAAUCGAUCACUAAAUCACCCGUUUAUUCACAUUUUAGUGAAACAUUGUCCGGUGUUGGUACUAUUCGUGCCUAUUCCUGUAUGGAACAAUUCAUCACAAAAAAUGAUGACAAUUCAGAUAUUAAUAAUUCCUGUAAUCUGGCCAUGUUCAUAUCGAAUCGAUGGUUAUCUAUACGUUUAGAAUUUAUUGCUAAUUUUAUGGUAUUUUUUGCCGCUGUUUUUUCCAUUAUUUAUCGACAAAAAAUGGAUUCCAGUUCGGUUGGUCUUAUCCUCACUUAUGCAUUAAAUACGAUACAAAAUCUCAAUUAUCUCGUACGUUCUACAACUGAUAUUGAAACAAAUAUUGUAAGCGCUGAACGCAUAUUGGAAUAUACGGAUUUAUCCGUUGAAGCUGAUUGGGAUAUUGAUGAAACGGCUCCACCUAGUGAUUGGCCACAAAAAGGUAGAAUUGAAUUCAUUGAAUAUGGUACCCGAUAUCGGCCACAAUUGGAUUUAGUAUUGAAAAAAAUAUCAGCCAUAAUUGAAUCAGGAGAAAAAAUCGGUAUUGUUGGUCGAACCGGUGCCGGAAAAUCAUCGCUUACAUUGGCAUUAUUUCGAUUGAUCGAAGCUGCCAACGGUUGUAUUCGAAUCGAUGGUAUUGAUAUAUCGAAAAUUGGUCUGCAUCAACUACGAAAUCGUUUAACAAUUAUACCACAAGAUCCGGUUUUAUUUUCCGGAACAUUACGAACAAAUCUGGAUCCAUUCACAAGUUUUACCGAUGAUCAGAUAUGGCAUUGUUUAGAAUUAGCACAUCUUAAACAAUUUGCACAAUCAUUAGAUGGUCAUCUUGAAUAUGAAAUCACUGAAAGUGGUUCAAAUUUAUCGGUUGGCCAACGACAAUUAGUAUGUUUAGCACGAGCAUUAUUACGAAAAACAAAAAUUCUUGUAUUGGAUGAAGCAACGGCAUCUGUUGAUUUGGAAACUGAUUCAUUAAUUCAACGUACAAUUCGACAAUCAUUCAAUGAUUGUACUAUAUUGACUAUUGCACAUCGAUUAAACACAAUAAUGGAUUCGGAUCGAAUUCUUGUAUUGGAUGAUGGUCAUGUUGCUGAAUUCGAUACACCAGAUAAACUAUUAGCCAAUAAUGAUAGUAUUUUUUAUUCAAUGGCUCGUUCAGCCGGUCUUCUUGAUAAUAAUAAUUAAUAAUUAAUCAUAAUUAAAAUAAUAAUAAUAAUGACCCAAUAAUAUUUUAAUGUUAACCAUGUAAACCAUUGUUAUUUGUUCGGUUAUCGUUGUCUUUGUUAUAUUUAUUUUAUAUCUAUCUAUAUUUUAUUAAGUCCCUUAUUUUCUUAUUAAAUU